GCCGUGUGCUUUGAAGUUGCGUAGCACAAAGGAGAAUUAAAGAGACAGCAGCGGCUACAAGCUCUGUGAUUGGUCAGACGCUCCACGCUGCACAAACCUAAACAGCAGCGUAAAAACAGCAGACGCUGCGUCGUCAUCGUCGUCAUUAGCGGCAUCGAAAGCUCAAAGAAGAGGCAGACAGCGCGACGCGGUGUUGACAGGACGCUGAUCAUGGGUCAGUACUGGUGGUAAUUCUAUUUUGGAACAAAACACCGUCCGCACCAGCACCACUCUUCCGGCAUGGGCUCCAGACUGAGCAGACAGAACAGCUUGGACAAUGACAGCUUCUCCAAGAAGCGACGCAAGCUCCUCGAUGGCGCGGCGGAGGGCGACAGACGGGCCGGUGGAGACUUCCUCUUUGCCCUGAUGCUGAGAACAGACAAACUGCCCGGGAUGCUGCGCAGGACCAACCACAGCCCAUACAUGAGAAGAGUGGCCUGGAUAAAGGAGAUUCAGAAGCUGCUUCGUGAUGGCAAGAUGGAACAAGCAACCGACGUGCUGAAAUUGCUGAGGAAGGAUCUAGGACUGGAAGGUACCUCACUCAAUGACAUCUUAUACAAGAACGCUGCCUUCCUCAAUCUGGUGGAUCCCAUUUCACAUGAGCUGCUGUUGAGCUUGGCUCGAGAGAUGCAGAAUCCCAAAAAGGAUGCAGACACCAUAAAGUCAUCGGAUAAAAUUUGCAGACAGCUGAUCUACCACCUGACUCCACAUUCAAAGUGGCUGAGGCAGAGCAUGUCCAGACGGAAAUCCCAGGCAUGUCUCAAGACAACCCUGCAGAGAAAACUGUCCAGUGACACUGUGGACUUGUCAGGCAUCCCUCUGUCCACCCGGGAUGUCCGUCAAGUGGCUUUCUACCUCCAGAACAACAGAGACAGCGUGGUGGCUGUAGACAUCAGCUUUACAGAGCUCCAAGAUGAAAAUCUGAGGUUUCUUCUUCCUCUUCUUGCCUCACUGCCCAAACUAAAUAACCUGGCCCUGAAUGGCAACCGUCUCACCUUGGCUGUACUCAAAGACCUCACUGAGAUGCUGAAAGACCCCAAGAAGUUCUCCAGCUUGGCGUGGAUAGACCUAGGCAACAAUGUUGAUAUUUUUACCAUGCCUCAGCCACUGCUGGUGGCUUUACGUCGGCGCUGUAGCCUGAAGAGCAGUCUACCCACGAUUUAUGAGUACACAGAGGGCCAGCCAUACAGCUACCACCUGGAGACUUCUAUCGAGGAGCCUAGUCACUAUGAAGAAGAGGAGGAAGAAGACGCACAGGACGGUGUGGACGACUUGGAGAACAAGUUUGACCUGGAGCCGUGGAGCUUAGGUGAGAAGCAUCUCUCCAAAGAAUUCACCCUUCACUACUGCGAGAGGUGAUGGGAGUGUGCGGUGACACGGCGAAGCCCCUAAACUACCUUAGCUCAACCGCCCUCACACCAGCCGGCCCAGUCACCCUUUUAGUCAGGAGGGAGACCACUUUGUGAACCAGAAUCAACCAGACACCAAGCAAUUGAAAGAUGUCACGGAAUGAAUCCGCACCAGAUGACAGAUGUCAGUCACGGUGGUGGACUUACUGUGUUGGCGAAUGGUGCUCUUGGCAGCAAGGUGCGUUUUCAUUGGAGGACUGGAUUCAUUGGCGAAGGGGUCUCACUGUCGCUCCCCUUUACUCCUAUCUCUGCCCAAUUGUAGCAGCUAAUGAGCCAAUACCAAUUUCGAUCAGUUGUCUGACCGCAGAGGCAGCAUUCCGGUAGUAGUUCAAGUGCUUCGGAAGCAGCGGGUCCCUCUGGGUUCUCGACGAGGACUGAGACAAUCUCCGGCAGGCAGAGCCUCACUCCACAUUGUGUGUUCUGUUAAGCUCUCAACAAAAGCUAUGACACAAGUUCAACAGACUAUACAGCCGACGGCCCGUCACGUGAUCCUGGCAAAACUGCUAGGUCAAGACUUUUUUUUCCGCCCCCUUUCCUAAUGUCGACUUGUGAACGAAUACCCAUGCUGCUCUUGUGUACGUGUAAAUGACGAGACAAAACAUGUUACCGUUCACUGUUUUUGUGCCCUUUUGGUGAGCAAAGCAAUCUCAGAAGACAACAGAUAAGAAGCGACGGGUAGCUGUGAUUAACGGCUUUCAUUCUUGCUUCAAUGCUGGUGUUCACCUCUGUGAUGUAAUCCUUACCGAUGUUUCAGUAGUUUAAUACAAUCUCUAAUAUGGGCUUCUGGAUCCAAACAGUACCACAAACUGUCAUUGAAACUUACUGUUGUCUCUAUGUGUCAAAGUAUUUGUUGUAUACCUACCCAUCUUCAGUGGCAGUUUCUUUUUAGAAAACCAUGACUGUUACCUUGAGAUUAGACAUGUCUUUUGCAGUAGCACAUAAAAGUCACUUAAUAACUGCAAUGCACACCAAUGCACUUUUCUGUUUGUAUUAAUCCAUAAUAGUGUACACAGUGGAUCCCCGCACAUUCCGAUUAAUUACUCACAGUCGCGCAAAUGAACUGAUUUGAUUUAUUGAACUGAUUUGAUCUCGUUCAUGAGAAGUCAAAUGUAUAAAUACAUGAUAAUACAGAUAAAAUGUACACUAUACAUGUACCACUGUUAGAAAGCCCAUAAUUUUAACAUUUUAUGUCUUUAUGAUUGAAAUGUGAUUUCCAAUGAGCUCUUAUCAAUGGCAAAGUGGCAACAACCCGGAAAGAGAAGUUAAACUUGGUGAAUUAUAUUUUUUGUCAAAAGCUCUGAUUUUGGAUUUUAUUCAGGUCCUUGAAAUCACCAUAGUUGGGAUUUCUAUAGAAAAUAACUCCUACUACGGAGUGUUGAGCAGACCAAACAAACUUUGAAGAAGUGGAUGAGUGCUCCAAAAACUAAAGCCGCUAGUGUUGUGACUGCACGUGUGAUCGUAAGGACGGGGAGAGAAAAUAUCUAUUUUCAAUUCUCAAUUCAAAUAUCAAAAGGAAAUGAUUCAGAAAAUGUAAGAAUGGCGCUUUGUAAAAACAGGACCGAUAGAAUAGCAAAAUUAAUUCAGUGCAAACUUAUGUGUGGAGUUUGCAUGUUGCGUGUGUGGGUUUUUCUCCGGGUACUCCGGUUUCCUCCCACAUUCCAAAAACAUGCUAGGUUAAUUGGCGACUCCAAAUUGUCCAUAGGUAUGAAUGUGAGUGUGAAUGGUUGUUUGUCUAUAUGUGCCCUGUGAUUGGCUGGCGACCAGUCCAGUGUGCACCCCGCUAGAAAAUGAAUGGAUGGAUGUUAAUAAGAUAUUUUCAAAGUUAAGAACAUAGAAAACCUGUUUGACUUAUGGUAUCACUGCAGGGACACGAGACAGCCGCCACUUAUUUAUUCUAAAGUGUUUCAAGCGAAGUAGGGAAGAACAAAGAUAACCAAAAACCUACCACAGACCUUUUCACUAUGUAAUGUCUCUUCAAUGUAACAUUACUUGUAACACCUUGUAACUUUUCUUUGAAAUUUUUUGGACAAAUACGCUGUAGUCAAUGUCAAGUUAACAGUUUGGAUUUUGUCUGAAAUAGAUGUUAAGAACAUAUCAUCAUUUGCUGGUGGUUCCAGAUCGUAAUCAUAGCGUAAAAGCGGGGAUCUACUCCAUAUUGUCAUCUGAUCCAAAUGGCUUAUGAUUGUUUUAAGAUUCUAUUCAAAGUACCUGCUUCAUCAGAAUAUACACUAAAUGUUUAAAUGUGUAUUUAUACAUUGUCUUGUUACGAGUAAAACAUCUGAUUAUUGGUGUAACUAUUUGUGUUAUGUUGUCUUUUGUCCAAUACUGUGACUAUAUGGGCUCUAAAGACAUGAAACGAAGCAGUGAGCAUUUAGUGUAUACUGAAACAAUUAGUACACCAAAGGCCAAAAUAAUGUAAUAUUGUGAUUACACUCAGCAAGCAUCUUUUCUGGUGACUGUUUAGUCAAAACACUAUCCACUUUGUUUGUAGCGUCUGUUUCAUGUGUCUACAUUUCCUUGUUGUAGUUUUGUGUUUUCCAAAGCAAAAUUCUGCCAAUAAAACAAUUGAUCCACUUA